AUGGUGCAGCGGGAACAUCCCACGCUUGUCCUAAAGUGUCCUAACGCUAACACCGAGAAGGAAGCAGUGCGGAGGAGCAGACCUGUGCCUGCUUGCGUGCUGGGCAUAGACUUGGGCACAACGUCGGUUAAAACAGCCCUGUUGAUAGGGACAGAGCGAGGGCAAGUGGUGGCAGAGAGCUGCUCCAGGGAGACGCAGGCACACAGCAGUAGCCUGGAAGCUGGACCUCAGGGAAUGGAGCAGAAUGUCCAGAGAAUAAUAAGAGCACUCAAUGAAUGCCUUGCUGCUCUACCUCAGCAGCAGCUUCAAAGAGUCAGUCACAUUGGUAUUUCAGGACAAAUGCAUGGGAUUGUAUUUUGGAAAAGAGAUAAAGGUUGCAAGUGGACAGAGGGUGGCCCAGGCCCUGCCUUUGAGCCGGAGGAGGUCAGUCAUCUGAUUACAUGGCAAGACAGCCGCUGCAGUCCCACCUUCCUCUCUUCUCUUCCUCAGCCACAGUCACAUAUCAACUUGGCUGCAGGAUUUGGAUGUGCCACAGUCUACUGGUAUUUAAAGAAGAGCCCAGAUUUUCUGAAGUCUUACGAUACAGCUGGCACUAUCCAUGACUAUGUGGUUGCCAUGUUGUGUGACCUGAGGAAGCCACUCAUGUCUGUCCAGAAUGCUGCCAGCUGGGGAUAUUUUAAUUCCAGAAAUAAAAGCUGGAAUACUGACAUAUUAAAAGAAUCUGGCUUUCCCAUUCACUUCCUUCCAGAGGUGGGAGACCCUGGCAGUAUUGCAGGCAGGACAGUCAGUGCAUGGCAUGGAAUACCCAAAGGAGCAAAAGUAGGAAUUGCUCUGGGGGAUUUCCAGUGCUCUGUUUAUUCCUGUCUGACUGAGAGGACUGAUGCAGUUCUUAAUAUCGGCACCUCUGCUCAGCUGACUAUCUCAAUGCCUCCGGGUUUCCAGCCUCCAGAGACACCAGAUCCUUCCUCAGCUGUUACUUAUUUUCCCUACUUCAAUGGUGACUACUUGGCUGUGGCAGCAUCACUUAAUGGGGGCAAUGUGUUAGCAACGUUUGUGGGCAUGGUGGCACGGUGGACAGAAGAGCUAGGACUUCAGGUCCAGGAGUCUGCCAUCUAUACAAAGAUAAUCAAAGCAGCCUUGGCCCAAACCAACAGCAAACUCUCAAUCCACCCAACCAUAUUUGGAGAGAGACACAUUCCUGAGCAGUUGGCAUCAGUGAGCAAUAUUGCUGUCUCUGACCUCUCCCUGGGUCAUGUAACCAGAGCUCUGUGCCGUGGCAUCAUUGAAAACCUCUGUUCCAUGUUACCUGUGCAGUGCCUGAUGGAGACCGGGGUGAGGAGGAUUCUGGGGAGCGGCAGUGCCCUUGCCAGGAACGAGGUGCUGAGGCAGGAAGUGGAAAGGGUUUUUCCAUUCCCUGUGGUGUAUGGGAAGGAUGUUGAUGCUGCUGUGGGGGCUGCCAUGGUGAUGUUCCACAGAAAAUAAAGUCAUUGUUUGGAUUGGCC